AACAACAAAAUCCCAAAACCACACCCACCCCAUCGACGCUGUCCCCGUCGCCUCGUUUCGCCCCAACCCCUCCCGCACGCCAUUGCUCGUGACAGUCCAAGCUCCCACGACUACGCGCGACCGGAGAGGCAGAGAGAGAGGGACGCUCGGCUCCAGAUCCGCCUGCGCGGAUGGCGGCGUCGAUCUUGCCGGCGGUUCUGCUGACGGUGCUGCUGCUGACGGAGGCGGAGGCCGUGUGGCUCGACCUGCCGCCGUCGGGGACCAAGUGCGUCUCCGAGGAGAUCCAGCCCAACGUCGUGGUGCUCGCGGACUACGCACUCAUGUACGAGUCCCACCCCACCGCGCACCCCACCGUCGCCGUCAAGGUCACCUCACCAUAUGGUAAUACCGUUCAUCACAAUGAAAAUGCCACGACGGGUCAGUUUGCAUUCACUACCUCAGAAGCUGGAAACUAUCUUGCAUGCUUCUGGAUAGACAGUGCGGAGAAAGGAUCAGGAACAUCUCUAAGUCUUGAUUGGAAGAUAGGGAUUGCAACAAAGGACUGGGAUGCCGUAGCCAAGAAGGAAAAAAUUGAGGGUGUUGAACUAGAGCUUAGGAAGCUUGAAGCUGCAGUGGGAUCCAUCCAUCAUAACUUGUUGUAUCUAAAAGCAAGGGAGGCGGAGAUGCGGACGGUGAGCGAGAAAACAAAUUCUAGGGUUGCCUGGUUCAGCAUCUUGUCACUGGGAGUCUGCAUUGCGGUCUCUGUGCUGCAGUUGUGGCAUCUUCAAGGGUUCUUCCGGAAGAAGAAGCUUAUUUAAAUCCAUAUUCACCUGUUUGAUAUGUAUACUCCGGUGUUGACUACCCUAAGAGAAAGACAGUUUUGUCAUGCUUAUUUCGAAAAACUUAAAUGAUGGGCAUACGGUUGAUACAUGAUACAUGGUUUCAAUAGCUAGCAACUAAUACUAUGUGCAAUUUAGUGCAUC